CGCGUAUAAAAAGAACGACAACGAUCCUCCAAAAUUCCCUUCUCACCAUCAUCGUUAUCAGCAUCCUCAUCAAGUCCAAAUCAGAAACGCAACAAUAACACCAGCAACACCAGCAAUAACAACACCGCACACAAGCAACGCACGCCAAAGCAUUAUGGUCCGGUCAUUCACCUUCACCGCUGUUGUCGCCACCGCAGCCCUCUUCCUCCUCUCCACAUCGACCACCGAAGCCGCUCCUCUUCGGAGAGCCACCUACGGCCAAACUGCCGCCUUGGUCUCCGCCUCCGAGUACUGUCUCUUCUUGCCCCCACUCCAGGGCGGCGACAUUGCCGAGAACGAGGACCGCGCCGUGGCCUUUUGCAACGUCCCCAUUGCCUCCGCACCGAAUGCAGGUAUCCUCCCCACGGGUUUUAUCAAGACUCUGAACUUUGUCGAGAACACCUCAGAGCAAUGGGUCCAGAUUACAGGUCAGAUGGACGGAUCUACGUACGAUUUGUCAUCAAAGGAUGAAGGUGGACAGUACGAUAUGCGGGCGCCCGUGGGAGCGAUCUGUGCGGAUUACAACGCGUUCGUGCAGAUCACGGAGCCGGACCAGGGGAUUUACUGUUUGAGGUGCUGUAAGAACAAGAAGGAUUGUCCGGUGAACAAGUCAGAGGAUGGUUGCGAGCAGGUUCUGGGCGGUGUUUACUAAGACUAGCAACGCGCGAAAAGCAACAUCUUUGUUACUAUAAAC